GUUUUUUAUUUAGCUUCCAGUGGUCAAGCUGUGCAGUCUGAGGGAGGAAAAUUAGAUUCGGUUUUCGUUUCAGUGUGCAUUUUUCACCUAACUGGGAAGAUAUGAAUCGUUUCGAUCGCAGAGCGAUAGCCUCAGAUGAUGAUAAAGUGAAGAACGAGGAGAUCUUUUUAAAAUUCAAGUUGGAAAUAUUUCUUAACACAACAAGGAUGAACACGUCAUUAUCAACAUAGCUAUUCUACGAAAUAAAAAACAAAACAAUCACCGCUGCUCAGAUAUAGAAGUGGAUUGGACGACACACUGGGAGAGAACCAAAAACAAACAUUAUGACCACCCACCAAGCCUUAAGAUAGAAUUCACAAGGGAAGAAAAAGACCUGAAGGCCGAACAGUCUAAGGUACAUAGAUUCAGACCUAAAGAAGAUGGAAUACAACUGGACAGAGGUGCAUUCAAAGCUCAUGUUGGUGGACUAUAUUCGGGAAUUGGUUGAGAAAAGACGAUGAUGAUGCUGAAGCUCAGCAGAUAGACAAAUCGCUUUGAGGGGCCAUAAUAGUUGCCACAUUUCGACCGAGCUUGAUGAAGAUAAUAGAAACGCUGAAAAAUAGGAGGAAGAGCAGAGAGCACCAGAAAGCGCAACACAAACCCACAACUCGAAUGUUGAAAACAGUUCAUUAUGACAGACUCGGAUAUAACGACCAAGACUUCAAACACAACGCCCGUGCCACUGAGAGACAAACACAGCGAAUCGCCUUUGCCGCCAUGGUUGUUUCCAGUUACCAUGGCAGUCUCCAUGACGACCUUCCUAGUAAUCUCUUUCGCUCUUCACCACAGAAGAUUCCUACUCAAGCGUCGUCGUCUCUACCAGCACCACUGCUACCUGUUACGUCACCACAGAGUAGCUGGCCCUGUUUCUAUAUCGAUGGCCUCCCUUGUCCAUCAUUUUGGAAAUACGAUUCCCCCAAACGUUGUCGUGGAGCAACCAAAAAAGCUUUGGGGCAGCAAAAAACUGAGGAGAUGCUACUCCUGGUCGCCCCGGAUCUUCAAACCAAAGGAAGAUGGCGGAAGCGAACGCGAAUCUGUCAAGACCACCUCCAGCCCCCGGAAACAUGACGUCAGUGGGAAGCUACUCAGCACGUUUUCUAAUGUCCAAGGUACCUUCAACACUUUCUCCCGGAACGCCGUGCACCGCUUGUCUUCUGGCUCUCAGAAAUACAGAAGGGCUGUGAGAAAGCCGUCGAUUAAUGUCCAUCCUACUCCCGACGGUUCAGAGCAAGAAGCGACCGAAAAAGUGCCCGAGCCAGAUGAGCAGGUUGUGGUAUGCAAAUCUCAACUAGCAGUCCCGGAUGCUUCUGUUGAUACUCCUUCAAAUAUAACAGUCGACUCUGAGACUCUGCAAAAAGAUGUCAAGGACGAAAGAGGAGGUAUUAACAAAUAUCCAUAUCCCGUUCAUUUUGGCACCUUUGUCGCGCCGGACGGACUCAAGGGUAGUUCGACCGAUGGAGAGCCAAUAAGUGUCAUAACGUGUCGGCAUGGUGCCCUCCCUCUGCCCGAUGCUGUCCUCAAGGCUCGUCGUGCUCAAAGAUGCCAUUCGUCUUCCGACGCGUGUGAUCAAAACGAAGAAAGCAAAAAAAUUCCAGUAUUCCGCGUCACUUCCGCUGACAACGUCUUCCUGCCCCGUAUGUCAGUCGAUGAGGCGUUCAAAGACGAUAUAAACGUCUCGAAGACUGAUAGCAAAUACUGCGGCGAUCUCCCGUUGGGUCAAUCUUCGACAUCGCGCAGUCUCUAUCUCCCCCAUAAAAGCAGUCGUCUGUCCCUGCCCAAGUGGAGCUGGGUUCGGAGGAGUUUAUCGAGACGAAAAAGAAACCGUGCUAGUUUAACUGAACAAAUGCUGAAGGACGAGUCUGAUAAAGACUUGGAAGCAACGAAUUCGUGCUUCAAUCAAAAUGAUGAAAAUUGUGAUGAUGAUGAAGAUGAUGUGUUUAGCCAUCCCGAGCCAUCCAAAGUGGAAAGUGCUCAGGGGAUAACAACUAGAAGGAACAGCCUGUGUGCUGACGUAAACGGGUCGCUUAUUAACACAGCAAUACAGGAUUUACUCCAUCUGUUCUUUGGUAAAGCACAGAAAUGUACCCCCAGGUAUAGCGAAAUCCGAAACCUUGAUGAGAACUACAUAUUAUCAAAAGGGCAGAGUGCUAUAAGCCCUUGUGAAAAAUGCGUGGAAGCCAAACGAAUUUUAUCCCCUGUAGCGACUGCAAACGGGAAGUUUAAGAAUAACAAUGAAAGUGUGGAUGGCCUUGAGGAUAUGGAAUAUACAAACACAGAGUUCGACAUUAAGGCUGAGGAAGCGGAGAGCCUUUUGACGAAGACGAUAAAAAACGUUGUCGAUGAAAAAGUAGACACAGUCCGUGAGUCUGUGAACGCGGACGAAGACAGCUCGGAGUCCGUGAAUUGUGGUCUUGGUCAUGACUAUCUGGACACAUCUUUGGCAUCAUUGCAUGACUCUCUUAGCAACUCUUUAUUUGAUUGAACUGUGAUGUUAGGUCUUGGUUGUUUUGUAUCGGGUAGGGUGGGCUGUGCAGCCAUAUCAUAGUCAGGGUACAUGUUUGGUACAAUUUUAUCGAGUAGGGUGGGCCAUAAUUAUAGUCAGACAUUUUUGGAACAACGCCUUCAUUAAACUUUGAAAUCCUAUUUUGAAGAAGUAGCCGGCAACUGGUUUCAUUAAUGUAUGACCCCACAGCACGACGUUUCACAUAGGUAUGCCGUAAAAUGCGCUCAUCAAUUAAAAAAAAAAA